GAGGCGACCAUAUUUGCAGACCCACUGGAUUCGUUGAGGCGAGCAGGCAAGCCCAGCAACAACAACACCAAUGGCGUCUGUGGUCUGUGUCUUUCUUGGUGCAUUAAGAUGAUAGGAAAUGCCGUUAUGCGUCGCAAAGAUGAUGUGUUGUUUGGAAACCAAGAGUGAGCACAGGGAACUUUGAUCCUCAGCUCAAAGAAUCCAUUGGAGUGGGUAUCAAAAGCUGAGGAGGCCGCCUUAAGAGAGUCAUAGUUACUCCCGCUGUUUACCCGCGCUUGCUUGAAUUUCUUCACAUUCAGAGCUCUGGGCAGAAAUCACAGUGCGUCAACACCCGCGGGGCCCAUUGCAAUGCUAUGUUUUAAUUAGACAGACGGAUUCCCCUAGUCCGUGCUAUUUCUGAGCUGAGCGUUGAAUGGCGGCCGAAGAGGACGACCGCUACGGCUCGCGCCGCCAUGGAAGCCUCGCAGAAAGGAAGAUCUGCGGGAGGCCAAAGCACCGGACCGAGCUCGGAUCCCGUGUUCGGAGCGAGAAGGCCAAGCGCUCACCUCAUCCAGGCCCAGCACGUCAGCCAGACCCGCUUUCCGACCAAGCACGACACGCCCCGCUUUUCAGAGCCAAUUCUUAUUCCGAAGUUACGGAUCCAAAUUGCCGACUUCCCUUACAUACAUUAGUCUAUCGACUAGAGGCUCUUUACCUUGGAGACCUGCUGCUGAUAUGUGUACGAACCGGCGCGACACCUCCACGUGGUCCUCUUCUAGACUUUCAAGGUCCAAGGGGAUGAUACGAGCACCGCCGCAACUGCGGUGCUCUUCGCGUUCCAAACCCUAUCUCCCUGCAAGAGGUUUCCAGGGAUCACGAACGCUUAUACAGAAAA